UCUCCUUUCACUCAUCCACCUCCUCAAUUCUACAUUUGUUCUUAUUAUUCAUAAUCAAAACCUUUGCCUCGGCUUCCUUCCUCGUUCAUCAUGGCGUCGGUUACUCUUUCUGUAGCCAAACCAACCCUUCAGGCAAAUGGAAAGGGUUUUGCUGAAUUCUCAGGCCUACGCAACUCUGGUAGCCUUCCCUUUUCCAGGAAAACCUCGGAUGACUUUCACUCAGUCAUUGCUUUUCAAACAUCUGCUUUGGGAAGCAAUGGUGGAUACCGGAAUGGGGUGGUGGAGGCAAAGCUGAAGGUGGCUAUAAAUGGGUUUGGUAGGAUUGGAAGGAACUUCUUAAGGUGCUGGCAUGGACGUAAGGACUCACCACUUGAUGUCAUUGCAAUCAAUGACACUGGUGGUGUUAAGCAGGCUUCUCACCUUCUCAAAUAUGACUCUAUCCUUGGCAUAUUUGAAGCCGAUGUCAAGCCUGUUGGUGACAAUGCCAUCUCUGUUGAUGGCAAGGUCAUCAAGGUCGUUUCGGAUCGCAACCCCCGCAACCUCCCAUGGAAAGACUUGGGGAUUGAUCUGGUGAUCGAAGGAACCGGUGUGUUUGUCGACAGAGAUGGUGCAGGAAAGCACAUUCAAGCAGGAGCCAAGAAAGUGCUCAUAACUGCCCCUGGAAAAGGCGACAUCCAAACCUAUGUUGUUGGAGUUAAUGCUGAUGCAUACAACCCAGAUGAGUCCAUUAUCAGCAAUGCUUCUUGCACCACCAAUUGCCUUGCUCCCUUUGUCAAGGUUCUGGACCAGAAGUUUGGUAUCAUCAAGGGGACCAUGACUACAACUCACUCAUACACUGGUGACCAACGGUUACUUGAUGCUAGCCACCGUGACCUCAGGCGUGCUAGAGCUGCUGCUCUGAACAUUGUCCCAACUUCAACUGGUGCAGCCAAGGCUGUGGCACUUGUACUCCCUACUCUCAAAGGCAAACUAAAUGGCAUUGCUUUGCGUGUACCAACACCAAAUGUCUCGGUUGUUGACCUAGUCGUCCAGGUUUCGAAGAAGACCUUGGCUGAAGAGGUGAAUGCUGCUUUCAGAGAAAGUGCAGAGAAAGAGCUUAAUGGUAUCCUUUCUGUAUGUGAUGAACCCCUUGUUUCAGUCGACUUUAGGUGUUCUGAUGUGUCCUCCACCAUCGACGCAUCACUCACCAUGGUCAUGGGAGAAGACAUGGUUAAGGUGAUCGCUUGGUACGACAACGAGUGGGGUUACUCUCAAAGGGUCGUAGACUUGGCUGAUAUUGUUGCCAACAACUGGAAGUGAUCGGAAAUACUUGUAUGCAACAUGAUGGUUAAUUUUUGCUCAUCUUAUUUCUUUUCGGCUUUCAUCAAGAAUGUAUAAAUUUAAUGUUGGACUAUAUCUGACAUGUUUAUGCAAUAAAAAUCUUGCUUUGACAUUGAA